CCAGCCAUCACAAGCACAAGCUUGAUCAGUGAUCACUGACCAGCAAUGGCGACCAACAGAGCUCUUGCUCCUCUCACUGUUCUUGUUACUGUGCUGCUAAUCUCAGUAGGCGUUGCCAAGGCCAGGCCAGUGAGGAGCAACCUGGGCCUGGGCAUUGGUGCCGGUGGAGGCCUCAGCAUUGGGCUUGAUCUUGGGCUGGGUCCCUCAACAUCUGGUUGUGGAUCGGGCACAUCAUCGUGCUCGGGCUCAGGGUCUAGUUUGGGCUCCGGGUCUGUGGGCUUAGGCACGUCAAUCAAUGUCGGUGUCGGUGUCGGAGUUGGUGCAAAUGGUGGGUCAGAUUGUAACACCGGCUCUAGCUCUGGUUCCAGCACGGGCUUGGGCUCUGGGUCGAAUGGAGGAUCGUACCAUCCACGUGGACGUGGGUCUUCUGGUGUUGGUAUGGGUUCGGGCUCAGGAAUUGGGUUUGGUGGGUCAACUGGGUUCGGUGGCGGGCCUAAUGUUGGGCCAAGCGGUGGGUGUUCGAGCUGUGGGCCAGGGUCUAGGCCCGGUUCAGGACCAGUUGGUGGCUCCUACUCGGGAUCAUCGGCGAACUCUGGCUCUGGUUCUGGCGUGAGCACAGGCUCAGGCUUCGGUGGUUCUGGCUCUGGCUCUACUGCCGGAUCAGGCUCGUCAUCUGGCUCUGCCGGGAUGUCCUACGGCUCCUCAGGUUCGGGUUCAUCUGGUGGAGCGAGCAGCAGCUCUGGCUCCGAGUCGAGUGCAAACUCAGGCGCUGGCUCGAGCUCCGGCUCAUUCAGCGCAUCGGGAAGUGGAUCCGUCGCUGGCUCUGGUUCUGAGUCGAGUUCGUGGUCUGGCUCCAGCGCCGGCUCGUCCGGCAACGCAGCAGAAGCAGCAGGCGCAGGAUCAUCGGCCGCGGCGGGCUCGAGCUCGGAAUCUGGCGCGACCGCCGCCGGCUCAAGCUCGAACUCGGGCGCAUGGUCCAGCUCAAACUCUGGGGCUAGCUCAACCACACUGUCCGGCUCAUCAGGACCCGACGCCGCUGGUGGUGCUAGCUCCAACGCCGGCUCGAGCUCAAGCUCCUGGUCCGGCUCUAACUCUGGCUCCUUCUCUGGAGCCGGGUCACGGUCAUCUAGCUGGUCUAGCUCUAGCUCGUCGUCCGGCUCAGCGUCCAACUCAGGCAGUUUUGGGUUUGGUGGUCAGGGUUUAGGCGGAGGCCAAGGGUAUGGAGCCCGGCCGGGGUUCGGGAUCGGCGGCGGCGGAGGGCUCGGAGCAGGAUUCGGGUUCGGAGCUGGAGCUGGAGCCGGCGGUGGAAACGCCGGUUGGAAGAAGCAGCAUUAGGUCCAAGUGUGAGUUUCAGAAUGCAACAAUGCCCCAAGUCUUGUGUGCUCAUAUUUGUGUACUUUUGUUCAGGGACAGGUUAAUUAAGCUCCUGAAAAUAAACUCUCCUGUAAUCGCCGCCGUCUUGCUUCAAUCGUUCUCGUAACCAAAUCUUGAAGCGUCUUGCUCCGUGAUGAAUGAAUGGAAAAUGUCCUUCUGUUGUUUGUGA